GUGUGUGUGUGUGUGUGUGUUUAAAUCUGUCCUGUCCCCGAAUCCCGAGGGCACCACCUCCCUUCCAAGCUCAGAAGCCCUUUGUGGCCGGGAUUUCCCCAGAUCCUCGGACCUGCCCGGCCCAGUGCCCGCCCAGUGCUGGCAGGGGAGGGAGGUGACAGGCUGACAGCAAGAGGAAAUUCCCCUGGAACCUGUUUCUCAGCUUCCUGGCUCUACAGGGACGCCAGCUGGAAAGAGAGGCCCGGCCAGAGACCCCCAGCCACCAUGGCUUCAGCCCCGAACCCACCCCGGGCCCCCAAGCCCAAGGCCACCCAGCCUUCACACUACCACGAGAGCUUUCUAGAGAAAAAGGGGCCUUGUGACCAGGAUUACAGGAAGUUCUGGGCAGGGCUCCAGGGCCUCACCAUCUACUUCUACAACAGUAAUCGGGACAUCCAGCCCUUGGAGAAACUCGACUUGAGAACGUUUGUGAAGCUCACAGAUGAGGCUCCCCGGGGAAGCAUGUGGGACCCAGGCAUCCACUUCAGCCUGGUCCUCUGGAAUCAGGAUGUCAAGUUCAAGGCGGAGAGCCUGGAGUCUCGGGAGAUGUGGAAAGGCUUCAUCUUGACUGUGGUGGAACUCUGUGUCCCGUCCAACCUGACCCUGCUCCCUGGACACCUGUACAUGAUGGCCGAAAUCCUGGCCAAGGAGGAGGCGCGCCGAGCGCAGGAGGUGCCCCCGUGUUUCCUGAAGGUGAACCGGGUGGACGCUCAGCUCCUCCUGGAGCGCUACCCCGAGUGCGGGAACCUGUUGCUUCGGCCCAGGGGAACCGGCGCGGACGGCGUGUCGGUCACCACGCGACAGGUGUUCAAAGGGAAGCCCAUUGUCCGGCACUACAAAGUGAAGCGCGAAGGCUCUAAAUAUGUGAUCGAUGUAGAGGACCCGUUCUCCUGCGCCUCUCUGGACGCAGUGGUCAACUAUUUCGUGUCACACUCCAAGAGGGCGCUGGUGCCCUUCCUGCUGGACGACGACUACGAGAAGGUGCUAGGCUACGUGGAAGCAGAUAGAGAGAGCGGCGAGAGUGUGUGGGUGGUGCCCUCCGCCCCGGGCCCAGCUCCUAAGCCCCCUGCAGAUGGCCCCGAGCCUCUACCGCCUGUGUCCAACCAGGACAAGCCCCCACUUCCUUCUCUGCCCCCGCCACCAAGCCAAGAAGAAAACUACGUGACUCCCAUUGGGGACGCCCCAACUGCUGACUACGAGAAUCAGGACGUGAUUUCUUCCAGUCGGCCGAUCGUCCUGAAGCCCAAGAAGUUGGCCAAGGCCCCAGCCAAGCUUCCAAAGCCUCCCAUUGUGCCCAGGCCAGAGCACAAAGGCAACAGCAGUGUCGUGACCAGGAAGCCACCAGGCAGCGCAUUCCAGGAUCUGUCCCUCAAGACAAGGCUGGGCGAUGUGACAGCAGAGCUGGAGGAGAAGCUGCAGAGGAGGCGGGCGCUGGAGCAGUGAGUGGACCUCCUGGGGGAGCAGCGAGCCCAUCUCAUCAGAAGGAUCCAUUCAGGAUUAAAACUCAAAUCACA